CUCUCUGAUAAGUCAGAGGCAGCAGUUAGCUGCUCUUUAUAAAAGUCCCUGAAACUUUGCACACUUCCUCACUGGGCUAGCAGCUCCUCAGAAAAGAUGAAGCUCGUUUACAGGAUUUUGCUCCAGACAGCUCUGCUGCUAUUUACAAAUGGCUCUGCAGCGACAGAUGAUAGCACUGACAGCGCCAGAGAAGAACUGAUUGGUGCUUGUCCAAUAAAGCUCAAAAGCAGCGGGGAAUGUGAUGGAGAGGAAUGCCCGUAUCGGAUAACCUUGCCUCCAAUGACCAUCCAGCUGCCCAAGCAGUUUCGGCUGAUUGAGAGAACGCUCAAAGAAGUGCAGAACCUGAAGGAAGUGGUAAACAAGAUGAAGAAGUCCUGCGAAGACUGCAAGCUGCAGGCAGAUGAGAAUCUAGAAGACAGCAACGAAUUCCUGCCACCUGGCACAGACGCUCCAGUCGACAACAGCAAAAUACAAGAUAACAGAGUAAAAGAGUUGCAGAACAAGGUUUCCAGGCUGUCAGCCAGUCUGAAGAAUGCAAAGAACCAAAUCCAUUCUUUACAGAAUCAGCUGGAGCACAUGAACCUCAUAAACAUGAACAACGUGGAAAGCUAUGUGGACAGCAAAGUAGCCAAUUUGACAUUUGCUGUGAACAAUCUGGAUAAUAAAUGCUCUUCAAACUGCCCAGCCACACAACCACAACCAGUUAUACAGAUUCUGCAAGGAGACUGUUCCAAUUUUUACGCAGCAGGCAAACUGCGUAAUGGAAUCUACAGAAUUACUCCUGAUCCAAGACAUGACAGCUUUGAUGUUUACUGUGAGAUGGAAUCUAUGGGAGGCGGCUGGACAGUGUUCCAAAUGCGUCAAGAUGGCAGCACCAGCUUCAACAGAACAUGGAAAGAAUACAAGAAUGGUUUCGGAAACCUGAGUAGAGAAUUCUGGCUAGGGAAUGACAAAAUUCACCUUCUGACCAAAAGCAAGGAGAUGCAGCUCAGGAUUGAACUUGAGGAUUUCAACGGAGUCAAAGAAUAUGCAAAAUACGAACAAUUUUAUGUGACCAAUGAAUUUCUCAAAUACCGCUUAAGUAUUGGCAGCUACAGUGGCACAGCUGGGAACGCCCUGCAAUUCAGCAAACAUUACAACCAUGACCAAAGGUUCUUCACUACCCCAGACAGAGACAACGACAGGUAUCCAUCAGGAAACUGUGGAGCGUACUAUAGCUCUGGGUGGUGGUUUGACGCAUGCUUGGCGGCUAAUCUCAAUGGCGUAUAUUAUCACAAAAAAUACAAAGGUGUUCGCAAUGGGAUUUUCUGGGGCACCUGGCCUACAGCUUCGGAUAAUAGUCUAAAUGGUUACAGACAACCUUUCAAAAAGGUCAGAAUGAUGAUGAGACCCAAAGUCUUUGUGCCAUGAAUUAGUAACUUCUCAAUAUUGACACUUUUCUCCAGUAUCUGAGUGCAAUUUUAAAAACAACUGCUAUGUCUCAUGUUUAAAAAUUUUUUCCUUGAGAAAACAUCUCUUCCAAAGGCACCCUAAUGUAUCUCUCCUGAUAAAUUCUAAACGUACAGGGAACAAUUCAAUUUUUUGGUAGCAAAUAAUGUGACAGCCUCAUCCAUUAACCUCUGUUAGGUCAGAAGCGGAGUGUAAGCUUAUUUUGCCAAAUUGACUUCAAAGGCAUUCCACUAUUGCCUUAUCACAAAACAAUGCCUCGGCCACCAACAGGCGAAAACCAGAUUUGUAGAGUUGGAGAGCAACAGUUUCAGACCCUUAAUGUACUGCUUCCUCAUCAUAUUCCAUAAAUAUCUCUGCAGAACCAGCAACCUGCUGCAAAGCUAGUGAGCCCAAACUGGCUUAAACUCAAGUAUUCCAAGACAACUAUAUUUUUUCUAUGUAAAUAAUAGAUUCAGUAUGUUACAGUUUAAUAAUUCAUUGCCACUGUCAACCAGUUUUUGUUUUUUUUACUAUGUGACUGUACCAGAACAAAAACAACAUAUCUUAAUCUAAAGGCUAAUAAAUGCUGUUAAGGAAGCAUUUCUAAUGAU